UGAUGCAAUCCAUCGCGUACGCCCGAUUACCAUCGGUUUACUUUCGGAUAUGUGCUACGCAGCUCGUGGACUUGUAAUCGAUAGAUCGAGCGGCACCAGAUCGCUUCACCAAGUCGAAGUUGUGGGGAGAGCACGUAAUGAUUGGUUUAUAUCAAAGAAUGCGCAGAAGCUGAAUCGCCAGAUUUCCGGUCGCUGUUGAGCCUCCGUAGACGAGAACGUUUUCCGAGCUCGUUGAGAUACUAUUUCCCGAUUCAUCGAGCAAUCCCAACGCCUUGAAAGCCAAUCCACAGGUUGCCAGUCCUGCACUCAAGCUCGCGCCUUCUUCGUAGGCCAUCGUUUCCGGUAGCUUGAUGCAGAAUUCCGGGCGCGCGACGACAUAUUCUGCAAAUGCUCUAUCCUGCGCACUAUCGAUUCAAUACCGGAAAGUUCUAUCAUACCAAUCCAAACCACCAUGGAACUGCCAACGUCAAGAAGGGGUAUUUCCUGGACCACAAUCCUGCAGCAUUUGAUGCGGCAUUUUUCAACAUCAACCCACGAGAGGCUGAAGCCAUUGACCCUCAGCAAAGGAUGCAUUUAGAGCUCGUAUAUGAGGUGAUCGAGUCUGCGGGGUACUCUAUUGAGGCUUUACAAGGAUCCAAGACUGGCGUCUUUGCCGGCCUAAUGUGUGCAGACUAUUUCGAUGUACAGUUGAGGGACCUUAUGCAUCUCUCCCAAUACCACUCCACCGGGACCGCGCGGAGCUUACUGUCCAAUCACGCUUCUUAUAUCUUUGAUUGGAGUGGUCCCUCUGUGACUAUCGACACCGCCUGCUCGUCAAGCCUUGUAGCCGUUCACCUCGCAGCACAAAGCCUUCGCAGCAACGAUUGCGAUCUUGCAGUCGCAUCUGGGCUACUCAAACACGCACUGCGUGAUGGCGACCACAUAGAAAUUGUCAUUCAUGCAACUGGCGUCAACUCAGAUGCUAGGACACAAGGCAUCACGAAACCAUCUAGCACAAGUCAGGCGGAAUUGAUUCGGGCCACCUUCGUCAAAGCAGGGCUUCGACUCUCUGAUCCCGACGACCAAUGUCAAUUCUUUGAAGCGCAGGGAACAGGUACGCAGUCUGGAGACAUUAUCGAAGCAGAAGCAAUUCACGAUGUCUUCCAUUCUACUGUCUCCAGUCAGAAUCUUAAGCAAAAACUGUAUGUUGGGUCCAUCAAAACAGUAAUAGGUCACCUGGAGGGCACCGCUGGAAUCGCAGGCCUCUUGAAAGCGUCUUUGUCAAUUCAGAAUGGUGUAAUCUCGCCCAAUCUACAGUUCAGCAGUCUCAAUCCUGGGAUAGUCUCGAAUUACACUCAGCUGCAUGUUCCGACAAAUUCGCAUGCGUGGCCGACGCUUCCUGAUCAUGUCCUGACGAGCUUGUUGAGGUUGAUCCGGGCUCUCUUCGAUACCCAGAAUCACGAUAUGCUGUGGGCUACGGAGCCAGAGCUAGUGAUUAGGCACGGUGCCACAUGGAUUCCUCGCAUCAAAUCCGUCGGCGACACGUAUACCAGCUUAUCGGGAUCUCAAUCAAGCAUGUCUAUCUACCGGAAUGAGAUCAGAAUUCCGGAGGGAAUGGACCGAAUAGCAAAUGACAGGUUGAAUCAUGGAGGUAGGAAGAAGAUACCCGAUCAAAGUUGCCGAGCCUGA